AUGGCAGCAGCAUCUAUAACAAUGUUAUUUAAUUUGUCUUUGGGUAUUGGAACAACUCUAUUUUUACUUAAUCCAAGACAUUUUCAUGUAUUAUCACCAACUUUUUCACGAACAAAUACAUAUAUACUUCAAUGUACUUCGAUGAUAUAUCGUUGGUGUUUAGUUGCAGCAAGUUUUGAUCGAUAUGCUAUAACAUCAACCGAUUUAAAUUUAAGAAAUUUUGCUAGAAUGCAUAUAGCUCGUCGUACUAUUCUUAUGAUUGUAAUUAUUUGGUUUGUAUUACCUAUACAUAAUCUUAUCUAUAAUACGGGAAAUGUAAAUGCAAGUAAUCUAUCUUAUCAUGCUCCUUUAUUAUACUAUCAUAGUAUUUUUACACUUACAGCUGGAUGUCUUCUUCCAGCAUCAAUUAUGAUUAUUUGUGCAUUUUUAACUCAUCAUAAUCUUGUACUUAAACGAAAACGUCGUCAAUUGAUUAUUGCUCAACAUGUAGGAACUCAUAAUGAUGUAAGAGAUCAAGAACGAAAACGUGAUCGUCAAGUUUUACUUUUAUUAGUUGUUCAAGUAGUUGUAUUUAUUAUUACGAUUAUUCCAUUGAUGACUUCACAUUUUUAUAAUGCUACAACACUUAAUAUUAAAAAUAGAUCAAUUGAACGAAUUACAAUUGAACGAUUUGCUGCAUAUUUAUCAUCAUUAAGUGUUUAUUUAUUUCCUACUUUAUCAUUUUAUUUAUAUACAAUGACUUCGAGUAUGUUUCGUAAUGAAUUAAAGAAAUUAAUGCGAUUUAUAUUACGAUGUAAUUGUUUACGUGCUAAUGCUCGUAUUGAACCGAUUGUACACAAUAUUAAACAGAGACCAAUUACUAGACAUUAA